AUGUUAGAACGUUCUGGUUCUUUAACUUGUCGAUAUGAAAAGGCUGCACCUCCACCACCUUUAGUAAUAGCAAUAUCAUGUGUCACGCAGAAUCUCGUACGAAAAUUCAAUGAAACGUCAUCUUUAAAGGUAGAGAUGCUGGAAAACGCACUAACGCUCGCACCAACACUUAAAUUCUGUCUACUUGAUUUGGAUUUACGUGGGGUUGGUGGAUUAAAUAUUGAAGCGUCAUUAGCGUUAGGUGGUCCAGGAACACAAAUACUUCCUCAAUUGAUUAUUCCGAUCGUGCACCAUUUUUUGGAUUUGUGA